AUGUUGGCCCGUCUCGCGAACGCGUUCCGGCGGACAGACUCGAACCUUUACGAGCUCCUGCCGACCACGGAGCGUGCCGGCGCCUCUGGCCACGUCAAGGCCCGCGUACAGUACUACCUGCGCUGGCGGGUGUGGCGGCGGUGCGUCAUCGCGACGCUCUUCGUCGUCGUUCUCGUGGCCGCCAUCGCGCUCGCAGCUCUGUUCGUGUUCGUCCCGAAGCGCUCGUGGAUCUGGCGGACGAGGGUGCUGGCGGUGCUCUUCGGGCCGAAGCCGCUGCCGCCGCUGUACCCCGAGUUCAGGAAGGCGGAGCUCGCGUUGCCCCAGCACCAUGUCAAGGAUCCGUUUGCCGACGGGCAGAAGUACCUCUGGGUUGCUAGCCAUACUUCUUGGUCGGGAUGGGGCAACUUUAUGCAGGACAUGGUUAUGACGGCACACCUGACCCACCGGUCUGGACGAACAUAUGUCUUUGACGAUUAUACCUGGGAUAAACACGGUCCUCCCUACUCUAUGUUUGACGACAAACGAUGGAUACCCUCGCGUAUACCACUAUCUGCUGUGAUAUCCGGUCCUAUCGUAGGGGGACCCUUUGCUGACGACGAUACUACCCCGCGAGCCAUUGCUAAAGCUCACUGGGAGAAGAUCUGCCCUAAUCCCAUCAAAAUCAACGGCGAGGAGGUCCGUGCAAUACAUGGUUCAGGAGCAGACGCCACCAGGAUUGAGGAGGCAUGGCUCGAGUACCUCAGCAAGAUUGAUGAUCCAUGUGUCGAAGUCCCCGAGAGCUCGGGGAGCAUCUUUCACAUCUUGUAA